ACCAAAUAAACGAUAAGUUAAAGAAAAUAAAAGAAUCAAGAUCCAUGGCCUCCAUGAAAUUUUCAUCGGUCUUGGUUCUUUUAUUGGCUUGCACUCUUUCUUUCCAUGGUGUUCUUGCUGAUAUUAUUUGCGAGAAUUUGCCCAUAAAUGCUUGCGCAUUUUCUGUCUCAUCAAUUGGAAAGAGAUGUGUGUUAGAAAACUCGAUAAAGGAUAACGGCAAGGUGGAGUAUGAAUGCAAGACGUCAGAAGUGGUGGUGGGGAGUAGCAUGGCGGAAUACCUAGAGACCGACGAGUGCGUAAAAGCAUGCGGGGUUGGUCGGAAAUCUGUGGGCAUGUCGUCGGACGCCUUGCUUGAGGCAACUUUCACGGCCAAACUUUGUUCCCCAGAAUGUUACAACAAUUGCCCCAACAUUGUCGACCUGUAUUUCAACUUGGCCGCGGGUGAAGGAGCCUACUUGCCGGAUUUAUGCGAGAAGAAGCAAAAAGAAGUCGGCCCUGGACGCCGUGACAUGAUUCAGCUUGAGAGUGAUAGUGCUGCAGCUUCAUCACCUGAAGCCGAGUGGAGCAGUCCUCGUCGUGACAUGAUUCAACUUCAAAGUGAUAGUGCUGCGGCCUCACCUGUAGCAGAUGCUCCUACACAGUGGAAGAAUUACCGUCGUGCUGUGAUUGAGGUUUUGAGCAGUGGCGGCGAUGGUUUUGACGUUGAUACUCCAGCACCAUCUCCUUCUUAUUUUUAAAGGGUAUAUAUUGAUGUAUUAGAUGGGGAAGGAAAGAGAUUCUUAUCAUAAUUUGGUUGAAGCUAGUUUGAGAUUUUUAUCUCAACAAAAUGUCAUCAAUAAUAUAAUAUUUGUUACGGAGUAUUAUUUUCCUCAAA